AUGCAGCAGCCAACGACCCAGGGCAGCCGGCUGCGGCCGAUCGCAGAUUCCCUGGAGAGGGUCGGAUUUGUGUCCAAGGGUGACAAGAAACUGCUCGACCACAAAGCCCAGCAGGACUACUUUGACAAGAUUGUCGAGCGAUACAUGAGCUUUUGCGCCCGCCACGCCAAACACCUGGACGCCGCCCUGGCCUCGCUGCCCACCAGUCCUUCGGCAGAUGCAACGUCCAACCCACCCGCCGCGCAGCCCACAAAGACAAAAACAACUCCGUCCACUGAAAAGGGUGUCCCGCCACCUUCGGCAGAGCUGUCAACCCUCCUCUUGUCCCUCCGCAAGCUCCGAGAAGCCCUCCUAGCCACGGCCGCAUCCACCCCCAUCGCCUUCUCCCAGCGUGUCCAUGUCUUCUCAAUCCGCCUAUCCAUUCUCACCCAGCAUCCACCAUCCUACUUCCCGUCCCUGCGACACGUCCUCGACAAGUUGCACUCGCCCUCACACCCACUGCCCGACUCGGAGAUCAAGGAGCUGGUCUCAUAUCUCAUUCUCGAUUAUGCCUGCCGGCAGGGGGACAUGGUAGCAGCCUUUGAGCUGCGCGCACGGGCACGUCGCGAGCAUGGAUUCGAGUCCCAGACUGUCGAUGACGUCUUGCGCGCGCUGAUGCACGACAACUGGAUUGUCUUCUGGCAGGUCCGCAAGAGUGUAGAUUCCUAUAACCGUGCUGUGCUGGACUGGGCUGUGGAUCGAGUUCGGAGGCAUGCCCUCAAGGCUGUGGGAAGUGCGUAUCUCAGCGUCCCGAUCAGCUGGGUAUUGGGUGGCUGCACGGGGAACGACCAAAGCUGGACGUGGGAGAAGUUGGUCGACACGGAGAAGCUGGGCUGGCAGAGAGAAGGAGACCGGAUUAUCAUCCGAAAGCCCAAACCACGGCCUCCGCCAGGAUCGCUGCCGACAAAGACGGAUGGAGCAUAG